GGUGAGCGUCCCGCCCCGCUCCCGCUCCCUUUCCCGCCUCCGCCCCCGCCCCGGUGCUUGGCCACCUGCCCGUGAAACUGGUGGUGGAUUGUUGCCCUCGGGUCGCUCCGGGGCGGGGACACGGAAACUGGCCAUGGAAGGUACGUCGGGGACUCGGGAGCCCCGGGCCCGGCCAAGAGAGCGGGACCCAGACCGGCACCUCCGCCCGGACCGAGACCGCCACCCCGAGCGACACCGGGACCGACCCGGGGACCGGCGGAGGGAGAGAAACGGGGGCGAGCGGAGGGACCGGGACCGGGACAGGGGGAGGCACCGAGACCCUCGCCAGGACAGACACCGGGUCGGGGACCUUCGCGCCGGUGAACAAAGAGUCUGGGAAAAAUCCCAUCAAAGUCGGACGCGGGACAGACCCCGGAGGCCGAGCUGGGACGCAGCCCCGCCCCCCUGGCCCGCACCUUGGGAAACCCCGGAGCUACCGCCCCAGAGGAAGGAGCGCUUCGGAGCCAGUGGCCCGGCAAGUUACAGUGAACCCACUGCAGGGAGAUACCUGCCCUCGAACCCCAGGUCUGGACUAGAGGAAGUGGAAUAUUACCAGUCAGAGGCUGAAGGACUCCUGGAAUGCCAUAAAUGCAAAUACUUGUGCACUGGGAGAGGUGUGGUACAGAUAGUGGAGGUGAUACUGAAUGGCAUGGUUCUCAUGUGUGUCGUGUCCUCCUACUUUGUCCUUGCUGGAUUCACUGCCACCUUCACCAGUGGUGGCGGCUUUGGGAACAACUACUACUCACCAUUCGAGGGCACCGAGCUGGAGCAGGUUCGGCAGCUGGACCAGAAGUACACAGUGCUCCGGGCACCCCUGAUCUACGGGGGCGUGGCUGUUUCUCUGGGGCUGGGUGUCCUCACUAUGAGUGUUUUACUCCAAGGAGCCAAAAGUCUUGAGGAACUGUCGGGGAAGUGGCUCCUCCUAGAGGCCACCUUCAGCCUCCUGGCAGCGGUGAGCUACGGCGUGGGCACCGGCAUUUACCUCCACGUGGCCUUGCAGAUCAAUUCCACGGACACUUGCAGAGCACGAGAGAGGCUCUAUGCCCGCAAGGGUCUCACCUGGAUGAACUGCCAGCUGGCAGGCACGGACGGGGCGGCAGCCACCUUCGCCUGCCUCCUGGUGCUGCUGUACGGGGCCGGCGUGGUGCUGGCCCUGCAAAGCUACCGGGAGCAGAGGCUCCGCAAGGAGAGCCAAGCGCAGCGCAGCAGUCACAGCGAUGCGCCCGAGUACCUGUGGUCUGAGACCCUCUUCUCUGUGGGCAGUCCACAUCCCUGUUUCUCUCAAGAAAAGGUGUCUUUUCAAAUGACACGUUAGACAACGGUGGUUUUCACAUAAUUGAUUUUGCAAAUGGUCCCGUCAGGACGCUUGGGUGGCUCAGUGGUUGGGCAUGUGCCUUCAGCUUAGCUCAUGAUUCCAAGGUCCUGGGAUCAAGCUCAGCAGGGAGUCCGCUCUCCCUCUGCCUCUUGCCCUGCUUGUGCUGUCUCUCUCUCUGACAAAUAAAUAAACAAAAUCUUGGAGGAAAAAAAAAAAAAGUCCCACCAGUACCAGUGCAGAGCUCCAUGAUCAUCUCCGUUUUCUUUCGAAAAGUCUUCGUUGGCUGAGAACUUGGGAAAAAAAAAAAAGAAAGAAAAGAAAGAAAUCACGCUUUUGCAGCAAAGAGCAACAUCCAGAGUCUGGGUACACUGCUGCGGUGAUGGUAGGAUCAUGAUGAUACAGAACUAAGGAGCCAGAGAAAUUCAGAAGGAGAGAGGAGACCUACACGUCCAGGGUAGCAGGCCCAGCGCUAUAGCAGAAAUACUCUUGUCUGACAUGACUACUUAAAGUCACUGAAAGAAACCUGUCUUUGCUCCCCGUAUUUGGUCCCUGGGGAAUGAUUUUAAAGCAGCUGUAUGACUGAAUUCUAAAUGAGUAGCUACAGUCUGAUUCUCCUAGAAGGAAGCCGCCAUGACUGCCUGAGUCCCAGGAGCCAUCUUCCCUUCAAGGCGGGAGGUGGGACUCCCGAUACAUGAAGGCAGAUGCCGGUAGUGUGCAAGUUCCUCCUCACAGUUGGGCUGAGAGAAAAUGGGUUUUUGCCAGCAUUCCAAGUUCCUUGUUUUUGUUGCAAGUCAUUCAUUUGGAUUUCACAUCCCUAAAAUAUGUUAUAAUUUUCUAAAAUACAAGCCUUUCCAGAGAGAAAUAAAAUUCAUGAGCUUC